CAUGUGGAAAAACAGCAGAGAGAGAGAGACCAAAAAAAAAAAAAAAAACUUCACGGCCAAAGAAAAUGCACACGAUAAACACCACCACCGGUUCACAAGAUCCGAUCGACCCAAACCGAAACCUCGACCCGGAUCAGUACCCCCACCGAAACCCCAGCCAUACCCAGUCUCGACGCCCCCGCGGGUUCGCGGCAACUGCUGCGGCGGCGUCGAUGGGUCAAGCCGACAGCGAUGUGAACAACGGAAACAUAACCGGAGAGACGAGCAGCGGCGGAGGAGGGAAGGGGAAGAGAGAGAGGGAGAAGGAGAAAGAGAGAACGAAGCUCAGGGAAAGACACAGGCGAGCCAUCACUAGUAGAAUGCUCGCCGGGUUGAGACAGUACGGUAACUUCCCGUUACCGGCGCGUGCGGAUAUGAACGAUGUAAUCGCUGCUUUGGCGCGUGAAGCUGGAUGGAGCGUUGACGCCGACGGUACUACUUACCGCCAAUCGCAUCAAUCAAACCACGUGGUUCAGUUUCCGACGAGAUCUAUUGAGAGUCCUCUUUCGUCAAGUACUUUGAAGAAUUGUGCUAAGGCCGCACUUGAAUGUCAGCAGCAGCAUCCUUCUCUUAGAAUCGACGAGAACCUUUCUCCUGUAUCUCUUGAUUCCGUUGUUAUCGCCGAGAGUGAUCAUCCCGGGAAUGGAAGGUAUACAGGUGCUAGCCCUAUCCCUUCAGUGGGAUGCGUGGAUGCCAAUCAGCUUAUACAAGAUGUUCAUUCCACAGAGCGCCGUAAUGACUACACAGAGAACUUUUAUGUCCCAGUGUACGCCAUGCUUCCUGUUGGUGUUAUAGACAACUUCGGCCAGUUGGUUGAUCCUCAAGGUGUAAGGCAAGAAUUAAGCUACAUGAAGUCAUUAAACGUCGAUGGAGUUGUAAUAGAUUGUUGGUGGGGGAUAGUCGAAGGCUGGAAUCCUCAGAAGUAUGUGUGGUCUGGCUACAGAGAGCUCUUUAACCUUAUCAGAGACUUCAAACUCAAACUGCAGGUGGUGAUGGCAUUUCAUGAAUAUGGAGGGAAUGCGUCUGGAAACGUAAUGAUCUCGUUGCCACAGUGGGUUUUGGAGAUUGGAAAAGACAAUCCAGACAUAUUCUUCACUGAUCGUGAAGGAAGAAGGAGCUUCGAGUGUAUGAACUGGAGCAUUGACAAGGAACGGGUAUUGCAUGGACGAACUGGUAUAGAGGUCUAUUUUGAUUUUAUGAGAAGCUUCCGGUCAGAUUUUGAUGAUUUGUUUGUGGAGGGGAUGAUUGCUGCAAUAGAGAUUGGUCUUGGAGCUUCUGGUGAACUAAAGUAUCCAUCUUUCCCGGAAAGGAUGGGUUGGAUCUAUCCCGGUAUCGGCGAAUUUCAGUGUUAUGACAAGUAUUCACAAACGAGUCUGCUAAAGGAAGCAAAGGCUAGGGGGUUUGCGUUCUGGGGUAAAGGACCAGAGAAUGCUGGACAAUACAAUUCACAACCUCAUGAAACUGGUUUCUUCCAGGAGAGAGGUGAAUAUGACAGCUACUACGGUCGCUUCUUCUUGAACUGGUACUCUCAACUACUGAUAGGACAUGCAGAGAAUGUUCUGUCUCUUGCCAAUCUCGCCUUUGAGGAGACAAAGAUUAUUGUCAAGAUACCGGCGAUUUACUGGUCAUACAAGACAGCUAGUCAUGCUGCUGAACUAACUGCAGGAUACUAUAACCCUUCAAACCGUGAUGGAUACUCUCCUGUUUUCGAAACUCUCAAGAAAUAUUCAGUGACUGUGAAGUUUGUGUGCCCUGGGCCACAAAUGUCUUCUAAUGAGCAUGAAGAAGCUCUAGCUGAUCCAGAAGGUUUAAGUUGGCAGGUGGUCAAUGCAGCUUGGGAUAAGGGACUUCUUAUUGGGGGAGAGAAUGCGAUUACUUGUUUUGACAGAGAAGGUUGUAUGAGAUUAAUCGAAAUGGCUAAACCAAGAAACCAUCCUGAUAGCUAUCACUUCUCCUUCUUCACUUAUCGCCAACCUUCUCCUCUAGUUCAAGGAUCCACUUGCUUUGCAGAUUUAGACUACUUCAUAAAACGCAUGCACGGUGAUUUACAGAGAUAAACACUGGUUGGAACUUGGAAAUCAGAACCGAGCAAUAGAGAGGUUUUUUUUUUUUGAAAGUAAGUUUUUGUUUAACUUUGAAACUUCAAAACCAAUUUGGCUCAUAAGAGUAACUGCCUCUAAAGCCGGUUUGAACUUAACCUUUGGGAAAGAGUAUCCAUGACUUUAAUGAUUGGAACUCUUAGAAAUAUAAAAUCCUCCCUCAGCUA